AUGGAGGAUGUGUUGAAGAACAUCGAUUACGAAUUAGAUUCAGAUAAAGCGGUUGAUGUUACUCAGAAAGAAAAAGUUGAUGAUAAUAUAGAAGGUGAUGACAAAGUGGGUGCGAGGAAGAGGAUUGUUUCACCAAAGAUAAAGAAAGUUACACCAAAGAUCACUAAGCCAAAGAUUGUUCUGAAGAAGAAACCAUCUAAAGUACCAAGUAGACCACCAACACCACCACCUGAACCUACACUACAUCAAUCAUCAAUACAAUCACCAUCACAUCAAACAUCUCCAAGACAACCUUCACCACCAAAACAACCAACACCACCUAGACAACCAUCACCGUUACAUCUCUCACCACCUCGUGAACAACCUUUUCUUACAUCUCAAGAAAUUUUCAAAACACCACCACCCACUCAAAUUCAAAUUCAAUUAACUCCUGGUUCUUCUGGCCACAAGACGUUUCCAACUAUUCAAGAAAAUCUUGAAGAUAUUGGAGAUUUUGGAUUUGCAAACGAUGAACAGGUGAACAAGUUAGAGAGGAAAAUGGAUGAUGUUUUAAAUGAAAACAAAAUAUUAGCAGCUGAAAGCAAGAAAGUGGCUGAUCGUGAAAGGAUUCUCGAAAUGCGUGUAAAGAAGUUAGAAUCUGAAAACAAGUCUUUAUUGAAGAAGAUAGAUGCUGGUCAGACCGAGAUUGAUAUCUUGAAGGUGAGGGUGACAGAGUUAGAGGAGGAAAAGACGCGUAGAGAUGAGCAGAACAAAUAUUUUGAAUUAAAGAACAAAGAACUUGAAGCUGCAAAGGCAUUGAAAGAGCAUGAAUUUUACAUGAUGAACAAAGUGAUAGAGAGUAUGCUCGGAAAGUCUAUUGAGCAGAAGUUUGAAGAAAUUCAAGUAGAGGAAGUCAGGGCUAAGCGCCAAGCUGGGAUUAAAGCUCUAAUGAAAGACAAAGGCAAGAAUGCUGAAGGUAGUGUGGCAGUAGCUGAAAGAUCAAUUGUUUCAUCUCUAGUUAUUGAGAAUCCUAUUCCUAUAUCUUCUAUCGCUAGUAUUUUUGAGGAAGAUGUAUCUCUUGAAGAUCUUGCUGGUAAUGAUAACGAUGAAGAAGAUGAUGAAGAAGAUGAUGAGGAAGGAGGUGAUGACGAAGAAGGUGACGAUGAUGAAAAAGUCUUCUCUGCAAGUAGUCAUGGUUCUGAUGAUGACAAUAACGAUGAUGAUGAUCAGGGAGGUACUGGUGUUACUGUGUUUGAAGCUUCCAAAGAACAAAACGUUGAUGAUUACAUGAAUCAUGAGGCGAAUGAAGAAACUGAGGGAGCUGAAGGAGAGGGGGAGCAUGGUGAUGAUCAGAAUGUUGAUCAAGUUGAGAAGCUGAUUCUUCGAAUUGAACCUCAUGUUGAAGAAGGUGAGAUCAGGCAUACCUACACAUUGGAUGAAGUCUUGAAGAUGUUCAAUGUGAAUGAGAAUGAAUUCAAUUUGGAUUUCGAAGAAAGAGCUGAAUGA